AUGUGGAGUCUACGCAAUCAAGUUGAAAGGUUUUCCCUGGAUAAAGAAAACAUCUAUCUAUCUAUCUACGACUUCAUUGUCUCGGCCUGGUGCAGGUGUCUAAAUUCAGCUGAUGUUCUCCACAAGAAGGAAGUGCGCAACCUCUAUGUCGACAGCCUUGGUCGCCCGGAUAUUGUGACCUUUGACUCAGGUAGCUUGACCAAUGCUGAGAUAGAUGUCUCGCUAGCUCAUCCCUACAACAAGGAGGUGGUUAGCUCUAGUGCUAAAGUGACUGGCCAUGCCUCCCUUGUUCGAGAACAACACAAGAAAGAGAAGUACAAGCAAUUUCACCAUCCAGGAGGACAGCGUCCAGAUGUCAUCCCCUUGGUACAUGAACAUUUUGGGAGAUGGGGCAAGGAAGCCAUUAACUUCCUCAAGUCCCUAGGGGAUCGCUCCAAGGAUGAAUAUGGUCAAUACAACAAAAAGGAUUUUAUGUCAGUGUCUAGACGCCGGAUUAGCGUUGCACUUCAGAAAGGCAAUGCUAAAGUUAUUCUAAGGAAGCUGGAAAGACUAAUUUAUGCUUUUUCUUCGCUUGACCUUGCUUUCACAGACGUUCAGUCUUACGUUCAUUAGAAUAGACAGCAGUUUUCAUUAGUCUUUUGUGCUAGAGAAAGAAAUUAUUCAAUAAAAUCUAUCUAUCUAUCUAUC